AUUAAGCAUUGUGUUCGAUAACUCACCGAAAGAUUAAGAAAGUAAUUGUAGGACAAGACGAAGCAAUUUAAUGGACAGCUUGUGUAAUGUUCCACCCACAGGAGCCAAGUGGCCAUGGUCAACAGACAUGGGAGAGAAUAAUCCAGAAGAAGAGCUGAGACUGAUCCUGAUUGGAAACACGGGAUCUGGGAAGAGCGCCUCAGGGAACACCAUCCUGGGCCGACAACACUUCCUGUCUGAGUGUAGCGGAAGCUCCGUUACCAAGGUCUGCCAGCUGGGGAUCUCUGACUACCCUGUGGAGGUGGAGGCGGGGAGGAGGAUCAUCAUGGAGAUCAGUCGAUGCGUGGCCCUGACGGCCCCCGGUCCACACGCCUUCCUCUUGGUGCUCCCACUGGGACGCUACACAGAGGAGGCGAGAAAGGCCGUCACUAUGAUGGCUGCUGUAUUUGGAGAAGCUGCAGUCAGUAACCACACGGUGGUGCUGUUCACCAUGGGAGAUAAACUGAAGGAGCCGAUGGAGCAGUACCUGACCAAAGCACCUCCGGCCCUGAAGGCUUUGAUUGACAGGUGUGGAGGCAGGUACCACAUUCUCAACAAUGAGGAUCAAAGCAAUGUGCAGCAAGUUCACGAGCUGCUGAGAAAGGUGGAGCAGGUUGUUGAGGACAAUGGUGGAGGGUGUUACACCAACGCCAUGUACCGGAAGGCAGAGGCAGCAAUCAGAGAAGAGGAGAACAGGAGGGAGAAGGAGGAUGAGGAGAAGAGGGAGGAGGAUAGGGUGAAGUGGGAGGAGGAUAGGGUUAGGAGGGAUAAGGAGGAUAGGGUUAGGAGGGAGAAGGAGGGUAGGGUACAGAGGGAAGAGGACCAUUUAAGGAGGAUGGAGGAGGAUAGGAGGUGUUAA